AGAAUCAUUUCCUGCUGCACCCACAUGGCUGUCCAGAAGUCCUUAUUUUAAAUUAUUUCUUCGUUGUCUCUCGGCCAUAACAGGUAAAAAUGGAGGUUGCUUACCACAGCAUUUUUUCAUCAAAAAUAAUGGACCCCCUUUGAGAAUUGGAGCAGCUCCAGUGGCCCUAGAAAAAUUCUCCACAAUUUAAAUGUAUUUUCCAGUCCUGAUGUGAAAGAGAAGGCACAUUUCUCAAAAGCUCAUGGCCGUAGCUGAGGGGGAUUUGAAAGGGUGGAUGUAAAGCACCAACCAGCCAUCUGCCAGAUCGCUGUGUCCCCACCGAGGCUGCUCCUACACUCAGGUUCAGGGGUCCUACUGACAUUCUUACCUUUCUCCAUGGCUCAGCUCAGACUCUUCAAAUUCUUACUUUCAGAAGGAUGAAAUAGCUUCAGAAAAAAGAGACUGGCAUGGAUGUGUCAAUAAGAACUGCUAGAGGAAUGAGUCGCCACAUGGCCGCAGCCCUCCCAAUGGGCACAUUAAAGUACAUUCCGUCCCCCAAAGCGCCCGUUGCAACCAACAGCGACUUGGCCAACUUGUUUGAGUGCCCUGUCUGCUUUGACUUCGUCCUUCCACCAAUUCUUCAGUGCAGGAGCGGCCACCUGGUCUGCAGCAACUGCCGGCCCAAACUCACAUGCUGCCCGACGUGUCGGGGACCCCUGGGCUCCAUUCGGAACUUAGCCAUGGAGAAAGUGGCACAUUUUGUAAUGUUUCCUUGCAGAUAUGCCUUACUGGGCUGCAAAGUCGCUUUGGCACACAGUGAGAAAGUGGACCACGAGGAGCUGUGCGAGUUCAGACCCUACUCUUGCCCAUGCCCUGGCGCCUCGUGCAAAUGGCAAGGCUCGCUGGAUGACAUCAUUCCGCACCUAAUGCACAAGCACAAAUCCAUCACGACGCUCCAAGCAGAGGACAUCGUGCUGCUGGCCAGGGACAUCAACCUGCCAGGGGCUGUCAACUGGGUUUUGAUGCAGGCCUGCUUCGGCUUUCAUUUCUUGCUGGUCCUAAAGAAACUGGAGAAGUUUGACGGGCACCAGCAGUUCUUUGCCAUCGUUCAACUAAUUGGCACACGCAAGCAGGCCAAGAACUUCAUUUACCGCCUGCAGCUCAUCGGCCACUGCCGGCGUCUGACGUGGGAGGCGACCCCGCUGUCCAUCCACGAGGACAUCUCGGUGGCGGUCAUGAACAGCGACUGCCUGGUCUUUGACAUGAACAUCGCACAGCUCUUUGAAGACAGUGGCAAUCUGGACAUCAAUGUUACCAUCUCCACGUGCCACCCCAUGCCAAGUGACCAAGAGGGAUGACCUGCCUGCUGGGCUGGACUUAAAAAUUCUGCAACAAUAUGCCAAUGUGUGUCAAAAGUGGCGACCCUCUCCUGUUUCACCCACCGAACUGCAGCUGUUUUGUUUCGUUUUUCAUUUUUCUCCGUUUUUUGCUACCUUGUCUACUUUACAUUUAA